AUGGGAGAUCCCACCGCCUCACUCGACAUCACCCCCAUCCCCUCCUUCUGCCGCAAGAAAAGCUUCAGGACAACAUACCAAGACAUCGACAACGCUAUUCGUCGCGACGAUGAGUCGUACCUUCGUAGGCACCUUGAAGAGCUCGCGCAGAAGAAAGCAGAGACCUUGCGGCGUUUGCAGAAGCUCGAGGAACAAUACUACGCCGUGAAUCUAUCCGGGGACCCCCUCCUCAGUGUCCUCAUCUCCUAUGAGAAGACAGAGAUGGCCCAGAAGUUGCUUAAAUACAUGGAUGAGGAGAGCCUUCUAGAAGCCAAUCUGCAAGGCAACACCGCCCUGCAUGUCGCAGCGGCCGUCGGCGAUAAGGUGAUGGAAAUUGCCGACAAGCUCAUCGCUAAGAAUAAGUUGCUGCUCAAUACGGGGAAUGAGAACAAUGAGACGCCGCUCCUGAGAGCUGCGUUGUAUGGGCAAGAAAAAAUGUUUUGGAUGCUCUACGACCGCAGCGAUGAUAACGCGAUUAUAGAAUUUAAAAGGAUGGAUGGAGCCAACGUUUUGCAUUGCGCGAUCAUGGGCAACGCUCCCCGACUGGCAUUGGAUAUAGCUGAGAAAUUUCCACAUCUAAGAACAAGGAGAAACACAGCUGCUGUUACUCCCCUGCAACUUAUGGUGACAAUUCCAGGAGCAUUCAAGAGUGAAAUGGAAUUUGGACUGUUGGAAUCCUUCGUCUAUAAGUGUAUCCCUCUUUAUGAUGAUGGAGAGCGGGCUGCGUCCUUCGCUAUCAAAGAUGAUUAUGACCCAGGCCUGGCGAUUGAUGGCGUGCAGCCUAUAAUUGAAAACCAACACGACGAGGAGAACCCACAGCUUCAAAGGACAAAAAGCUUUCCUCCCAAUUACGCCAAAAUGCUUAACCUGUUAAAAUUGACUAAAAUUCCAGGCAAGAACCGGAUGGGCGAUACUGCAUAUUUUCAGGAUCUUAAAGCAAUGUGA